GAGCAGCUCAUCCUCAUCCCAAGUCUUAACAAAAUAACCUAUUAGUGAUCUCGGAUCAAUAGAGAAAAAGGACCCCACAUUAUCCAUGCAAGUCCAACGUGGCACAAACCCAUUGAUCGACAACCCAUCCAUGCAAUCUUCCUCUUCCACAAAAUCUUAAUCAUAUCUACCAAAUUUUCAAUAGUUUUCUGUUUUCUGCUUUGUUAUUUUCUUCCCAUAUACCUGAUAUGAUCUGUUCAUUCUAAACCAACAAGAAAAAGAAGAAAGAAAAUGGCAACUACAUUUCCUACCUCUUCAACUUCAACUGUGGUUGGGCUGGGCAGUAGCUCACUGUCAUCUCGUAGUCCCAUUUCUUCACCCAAGAGAGUCUCCCUUAGCUCAGGGUUUGUGAAAUCAGCAGUGACAGAAAGAAACCUACUGAGACAAACAGGUGCUAAUGGAGGAAAGUUCAUGUGCUUUGAGAGGGAUUGGCUGCGAAAGGACCUGAAUGUGAUAGGGUUUGGGUUGAUAGGGUGGCUAGCUCCUUCAAGCAUACCAGCCAUCGAUGGGAAGAGCUUGACUGGUCUCUUCUUCGAGAGUAUUGGCACUGAGCUUGCCCACUUCCCCUCUCCUCCUCCUCUCACUUCUCAGUUCUGGUUGUGGUUGAUCACAUGGCACUUGGGGCUGUUCUUGUGCCUGACCUUUGGGCAGAUUGGGUUCAAAGGAAGGACUGAGGACUACUUUUAAUUAUGUUAAUUACUGUUAUCUGUAUUUGUAAUCUCUAAUUGCCUGAAUCACAAUACUUCUCUUCGUUUCCUCUCUCCCAUGGGUGUAAUGAAAUGCCACUUCCACAUUAAUAAUUAAUUUAAUUUACUAGUAUUGUGUCCUA